AUGAGCUUGAAAGAAGUAUUCGAACAACAUCCAUGGAGGUCAUUUAAGAAAUUCAAUGAAGCUGCAAAGAGUUGGGGAUUUACUAACAGAGCUGAAGUGAAAAGGUUCUUUGACAAAAAUGUUGUACAUCAAACAAAAAUAAACCCUUACGACUACUUUUUACCAAUUUACUCCAACACUCCUGACGCAUACCAAUUUGACACUCUCAUUCAAAGCAGAAAAUGUGGUCAUAAACCAUUCCUCAUCUUCAUUAAUGUUAACACUCGUAAAGCAUAUGCAUAUCCAAUGAAAAAUAAAGGAACUCGUGAAGUGUUAAGAGUUUUACAAAAGUUUGUAGCAGAACAUAGCCCAAGUACUUUAACAUCAGACCAAGACAGUGCAUACCUCAGCAAUGAAAUCACAGAUUUUCUCAUUAAGCAUAACAUAACUCACUACACUACUGAAGACCAUAACCAUAACAUACUCGGUAUCAUUAACCGCUUCAUAAGAACGCUCAGAGAUUUAAAUCAAGAAGAAAAGUAUAUACAAAAGAAACGAAGCCAAACACAAAAUAUCAGAAAUUCAACACAAUUUACCCUCAUUCCUGGUACAAAAGUUCGUGUAGUUCUUGACGACAAACCGUUGACAAAGAAACGUUUAAGGUUAAGUAGAAACUAUUAUAUCGUAGACUCUACACAAGGUAAUGGAUAUCUUAUAAAAGCUGCUGACGACUCCAUAGCAUUUUACCCUCGACAUAAAUUAGUUGAAAGUAGUAAUGGCAAACUUGCUGAAACCAUUGACGAAGCAAAGCGAGGAGUGGUUAUUGAAAUACUUGACUACAACAUAAACGAUGACACUUAUAAAGUAAGAUAUGAAGGAGGCGUUGAAGAUGUUAUACCAUCUAAGAACUUGAGAGAAUCUAAACCAACUCAUCUGGGACCAUUAGAGCGGGAGUACUGGAAAGAUAAAAACAUGCCAGAAAGAAUAAGAAAAUUCUUCUAA